AUGAGCAACGAGCAGCCUCCUGUCGUCGCCGCCGAGCCACCACCGCUCGAGCGCUUCGAGGCGUCCGGGCCUGCGCACCCGUCGCCGCCGAUUCGCGCCGGGUUCGCCCCUCCUCCUCCUCGAGCCACCUCGCCGAGAUCUCGCGCUCCGUCUGCGACGUCCAGCAUCGACUCGUCUCGCGCGUCCUCCUCCUUCUCAGCCACGCGAGGGCAGUCGCAUUCGAGCGCACCUGACACUCGUCUUCCUCCAGAUCUUCCUGCCGCGCAACUCAAGCCCGCACAGCAUGGCGACGGCUUCCUCGUGGACGUGCCCGGAACCGGGCAGUGGCUCGUCAGCUGGGCCGAGCUGGUCGACCUCCUCAUGUCGCCUCGGACGCACGAGACGCUCUCGCCCAACGGCCUCAUCGGCGAGAUGAUCCGCUUCGUGCACGACCGCCUCGAGAAGGCCAACGCCCUGCCUGAAUCGUCUCGCCCGUCGACCGCCGUCAACAACCUCGGCGCCAACCUGAACGGCCUCUCGUUCGGCGGCGGCGGCGAGUCGUCGAGCGGCGCCCACUCGUUCCACGCGCCGGUGACCAGCUCCGGCUACGCCCCAGCUCCCGUCAGCAGCUACUACGGCGAGGACGCGACGGCGCACCCCGAGUCGAGCCGUCACGCGACGGUCGCGCCCCUCCAGACGGUCGCGCCCUACUUUCUCGCGCCGAUCAACACCGAGCUGCCCCUCCCGCCGACCAGCUACGCCGGUGGCGCCCAGCCGACGCCGACCAACUCGUCGACGGCGCUCGCGCAGCACCCGUCGGUCCACGGCCGCCAGGCGUUCGCGUACCGGUCGGGCAGCCCGGCCCCCUCGCUGUCCGGCCGCAGCGACUCGGCCGCCUCGUCUCGCCUGCACCACCGCCAGACGUCGGCCCCGUACCCUCGCCCGUCCUACCUGCACUCGUCGUCGUCGUACACCGACUACUCGAGCGCCGGCGGCGAGUCGUUUUACACCGACUGCGGCGGGCCCGACGACUGCAACAUGUACGACGAGCAAGAGCCCGGUACGGCGCUCCCGUCCGAGGUGACGGGCUAUCGCGCGACGCUGCCCAAGGUCAAGGGGCCUCGACCGCCGUCUCGGGCCCUCAACGGCGAGACCGAGACGUACAUCUGGAACGAGCGCAAGGGCUCGCUGUCGCGGGUCCCGCCUGGCGUCGACGCGCACGAGCUCGCGAGCUACUCGGUCGGCGGCAGCGAGGUCCUCGUCUUCCCGCCGGGCACGUACCACAAGGUCGUCGUCGACGGCCUCGAGGUCCUCCCGUGCGACUCGCGCCAGCGCGUCAACGCCUUCCUGCGUGGCCAGUUGUGCGUCGAAGGGUGCGGCUUCCGGUUCGAGGGCAAGCGGCCGAGCGUCAUCCGCGCGCACGUCGUCCACUGCAAGAGCCGCGCGUCGACGCUCCGGGUGGACCCGCUCAAGCGCUUCUGCCAGCUCCAGCUCGACGCCCACACGCUCGACACCCGCAUGCGCAACACGCACAAGGUGCCCAUCCCGGACCCUCGCAAGCCGCACGGCUUCGAGCGUGGCGACGACCAGUCGGACAGCCGCAGCAUCCUGAGCUUCGAGAGCGUCGACUCGCACGGCGGCUACUCGGCGUCGUCGUCGCAGGGCUCGAUCUACGAGCAGGGCGGACAGCACGGUCACGGGUCGAAAGGGCAAGAGUGGGAGCCGCAGUACGCGUCGACCAAGCGCGAUGAGUUCAACGAGUCGUCGGCGGCGUCGGUCCUCUCGGCCGGCUUCACGCCCUCGUCGUCGCAGGCUCUCGAGGGCCAGCAUCAGCAGCGACCGCAGGAGCAGUGGCUCGAGUCGUACGGCCUGUCGGUCCCGACGGGCGGCUCAGCGUCGGCUGCCUCGUCUCGCACGCCUUCUGAGCAGCGCCAGCCGGUCUCGGCGCGCUCGAGUGCGGUGCGCACGGCGGCGCCGGCGCCGCCGAACAAGCCGCGGCCGUCGUCCUUCCUCGAGCUCUGA